CAAAGAACCCCUACGACUGGGAAUUGAAGUGAAAGAGAAUCCGAGUUUCUUGUGAGUGAUCUAGGGGACGGACAAAUUUCUUGUCUUCAGGCGAAGGGGUGUUUUGUAGACCCUCCAAGUAUUAAGGUGCUUCCUGCUUCUUUGAAGAUGCCCCAGAAACUGCAGACACGUAAGCAGAGCGUCCCUGCGGGCAGAGGAGCCAGGAAGAGAGAUGAAGAUUCAGGGACUGAAGUGGGAGAAGGGGCAGAUGAAUGGGCCCAGUCCAAAGCCACGGUCAGACCCCCUGACCAGCUGGAGCUGACUGAUGCGGAGCUAAAAGAGGAGUUCACCCGAAUUCUGACAGCCAACAACCCACAUGCACCCCAGAACAUCGUCAGGUACAGCUUUAAAGAAGGCACAUAUAAGCUUAUUGGCUUUGUGAACCAAUUGGCAGUUCACUACAGCCAGGUUGGGAACCUGAUCCCCAAAGACUCGGAUGAAGGUCGGCGGCAGCACUACCGUGAUGAGUUAGCGGCAGGUUCACAGGAGUCUGCCAAGGUGGUGUUUUCAGAAACAGAAAUCCUUGAAGAAGAAGAAGAGCCCAAGGAAGCAGAAACAGAAGCUGAAGCUGGAAGUCAAAUGAAUAUACCUACAGCAGCGGCAGCUGAAAAAGUGACUGAAGAAGAACUGAUGACUCCUAAGCAGCCCAAGGAGCGAAUGCUCACCAACCAGUUCAACUUCAGUGAGAGAGCCUCACAGACCUUCAACAACCCUCUCCGGGACCGAGAAUGCCAGAUGGAGCCUCCGCCCAGGACAAACUUUUCAGCCACAGCCAAUCAGUGGGAGAUCUAUGAUGCCUAUGUAGAGGAACUUGAGAAGCAGGAAAAGACCAAAGAGAAGGAGAAGACAAAGACACCAGUGACUAAAAAAAUGGGAAAGAUGGCCAUGAGGAAGAUGACAUCUAUGGAGUCCCAGAGUGAUGACAUCACCAAAGUGACACAGGCUGCUAAAAUUGUGGAGAGGAUGGUCAACCAGAACACAUAUGAUGAUGUUGCUCAGGAUUUUAAGUACUAUGAGGAUGCUGCUGACGAAUACCGGGACCAGGAGGGUACGCUGCUGCCUCUCUGGAAGUUCCAAAACGACAAAGCCAAGCGCCUGGCUGUCACCGCCCUCUGCUGGAAUCCAAAAUACAAUGAUCUGUUUGCAGUGGGACAUGGCUCCUAUGACUUCAUGAAGCAGAGCCGAGGCAUGCUGCUGCUCUACAGCAUGAAGAACCCCAGCUUCCCUGAGUACAUCUUCAGCAGUGACAGCGGCAUCAUGUGUCUCGACAUACACGUGGACCACCCAUAUCUGGUGGUGGUGGGCCACUAUGAUGGCAAUGUGGCCAUUUACAACCUCAAGAGGCCCCACUCGCAGCCGGCCUUCCGCAGCUCAGCCAAGUCUGGCAAGCACACGGACCCCGUAUGGCAGGUCAAGUGGCAGAAGGAUGACAUGGACAACAACCUUAACUUCUUCUCUGUGUCAUCUGAUGGCAGGAUCGUGUCUUGGACGCUUGUGAAGAGUGAGCUGGUCCACACAGAUAUCAUCAAGCUGAAGGUGGAAGGCAGCACCACAGAAGGUCUAGAGGGGCUACAGCUGCACACAGUGGGCUGUGGCACUGCUUUUGACUUCCACAAAGAGAUCGACUACAUGUUCCUAGUGGGCACAGAGGAGGGAAAGAUCUACAAGUGCUCCAAAUCCUACUCCAGUCAGUUCCUGGAUACCUAUGAUGCCCACAACAUGGCAGUGGAUGCUGUGACCUGGAACCCGUACCACUCAAAGGUCUUCAUGUCCUGCAGCUCCGACUGGACGGUGAAGAUCUGGGACCACACCAUCAAGACCCCAAUGUUCAUCUACGACCUGAACUCGGCGGUGGGCGACGUGGCCUGGGCGCCCUACUCCUCCACUGUGUUUGCAGCAGUCACCAUCAAUGGAAAGACCCACGUGUUUGACUUGUCCAUCAACAAGUACGAGGCUAUCUGCAGUCAGCCUGUGGUGGCCAAAAAGAAGAACAAGAUCACCCACGUGAAGUUCAAUCCCAUCCACCCCAUCAUCAUUGUGGGCGAUGACCGUGGGCAUGUCACCUGCCUCAAACUCUCACCCAACUUACGCAAGAUGCCGAAGGAAAAGAAGGGACAGGAAGUGCAGAAGGGUCCAGCUGUAGAGAUUGCAAAAUUGGACAAACUGCUGAAUCUGGUGAGGGAAGUAAAACCCAAGAUCUAAGGGCCUGGCCUCGGUCCCUGUCCUAUUUAUUGAACCCUGCCCUUGUAGCCUCUGACCCUGGUACCAAGCCCAUCCUUAGCACCUAAUAUAUGACCCUGUCCCUG